ACAGGACGCGACAGCUUGAGGUCGUUUCCUCAAAAUGUAAACAAAAGUGACAUGCAGGCGAUGUGACUAGAUAAAUAUCUCAAAGCAUGUGAACAGGCAUCUGGCCGUGUGUGUGCGGUGAUGGGUUCCGAUCUGUGCCUGAUGAAAUGGAGACUAAAGGGAAUGAAGAGGUGGAGAAAAUAAAAUCUAAGUUCAUGUCGGCAUGGAACAAUGUCAAAUACAGUUGGGUGCUGAAGACAAAGACUUCCUUUAGUCGCAAUUCUGCAGUCUUCCUGUUGGGGAGAUGUUAUCACUUCAAGGCAGAUGAUGAAGAAAGUCCCACAGAAAGCUGCAGCACAGACGUGUUUGACGAUGAUGCUGUCAUGGGUAAUGUGGACGGAUUUCGGAAGGAUUUUGCUUCCCGGAUCUGGCUCACUUAUCGGGAUGAUUUCGCCACUCUGCCAGGAUCGACCAUCACCACAGACUGUGGUUGGGGCUGCACUCUCCGAGCCGGGCAGAUGAUGCUGGCCCAGGCACUUUUACUGAAUUUCUUGGGUCGAGACUGGACCUGGCCUGACUCAUCGACCUUGGAGCCUCUGGACACUGAGACAUGGACGAGCAACGCGGCACGAAAACUGGUCGCCUCAUUAGAAGCCUCAUUCCAGGGAGACAGGCCAAGAGUCCUAGAGUCUUUAUGCCAGCCCCCGUGUGGGGCAGAAGAGGCCGACGCAUACCAAAAAGAGGUGUACCACCGCACUAUAGUGUCCUGGUUUGGAGACACUCUUUCUGCCCAGCUCGGGGUCCACAGGCUGGUCCGUCUGGGUAUGACCUCAGGGAAAAGAGCAGGAGAUUGGUAUGGCCCUGGAGUAGUGGCACACAUACUCAGGAAAGCUGUCGAAGAGGCUACAGAUCCAAAACUGCGAGGCGUGACUGUUUACGUGGCACAGGACUGCACAGUGUACAGCGCUGACGUUACUGAGAGUCACUCAGCGCGGGUGGACACACACACGGCCUCUGAAGGAGCAGUGACUGACAACAGAGCCGUCAUCAUUCUCAUCCCUGUCAGGCUGGGGGGAGAGAAGAUCAACCCCGAAUACUUCGACUUUGUCAAGGCUAUCCUGAGCUUGGAAUACUGUAUCGGUAUCAUUGGAGGGAAACCCAAACAGGCUUACUACUUUGUUGGAUUUCAAGAUGACAGCAUGAUUUACAUGGACCCUCAUUACUGUCAGUCUUUUGUGGAUGUCAGCACAAGCAAUUUUCCUCUGCAGUCAUAUCAUUGUCCAUCACCAAAGAAGAUGCCUUUCAUUAAAAUGGACCCAAGCUGCACGAUUGGGUUCUACUCCAAAAGUGUUCAAGAUUAUGAAAGAAUUAGCAGUGAGCUGUCAAAGGUCCUGCAGCCUUCAUCGAAAGAGAAGUACCCAGCAUUUACAUUUAUGAAAGGACACGGGAGAGAUUACGAACUGUCUGUUCCUGUGGAGAAGAGAGAAUGGCCCUUCAUCAAAGAUGCACGCAGUCCUGGGGCCACCGCAGGGGACUUUGUUCUGCUAUAAAUGAGGCCUUGGAUUUCCAGAGUGUUAUGUGUGUGAUUUUUCUUCAUUGUGCUCGUUUAAAUGCUUCCAUUACACCAAGUGUGGACAGAGAAGAAGUAGUUUUGAUUCUGGGGUUUGUCUGUUCGAAGAGCAGAAAACAAAACCCGUCCAUCAACAACUCUCUUUAUCCAACACCUCAACUUAACAUUGGAAACGAACUCGAUAUAUCUCGCACACAUUUCCGGUCAGAGGAUAUUUUUUCAGGCUGUUGUGUUAUUAUAUACAUUGCUAUUCAUCCCACACUCACUGUAAUACAUUAAAUUUCUUGUUCAAAGUUGGUACAGUCUAUUGUAGGUCACGCCAUACUUUGUCUCAUAAUUAUUAAACAAUUAAUAUGGCACUUUAUAUGUAGAAGAGAAAGAAUCACACUCCAGGUUAAAGGUCAGCUGAGAGUUGUACGUAACACUGUGCUAAAAUUGGACAGAAAAUCGAGCUUAUAAACUCCUACAUGGCCUUUAAAAAUGUUCGAGUGCCUCCUGGAAGCUUGAAGUUUAUAAGGCUGAUUCAAAAGCCUGCAGCUUCUGAAAUGUACACACUUAGAUAUUGAAAAUGUAGCAUUUUUACUCACACACACACAUACGCACACGGUGUUCCUAAUAUUUGAUGAUUAUUUUUUUCAGAUUUGAAUAGUCUUACCAAUUAUGAUUGAGUAACAGUGCUGCUAAAACCUCCUGAUUUGUGCCAUUGAAGAAAGACUACAUAAUAUUGAAAAAGUGAUUUUUGUUGGUGUCGUUGCUUUAUAGCCAUUUUGAUUAAACCGCAGUGUGAAGUUGUCUAUCUUGUUGUAUUUCGGUAAAGAAGAAUAGUGUAAGCCAAAGUCUUUCAUAAUACAUAAAGCUGUAACACUAUUUUUGUUUGUUUGUUUGUUCAUGGAACCUGGUUUGUGUGAAGAGAUAAUACUGUACUAAGUCGAAUGUGGGCUGAAGAACAUGAAACACAUGCUUGUUUUCCCAAAAUCAAUUUGCACAGUUGUCAAUUAUGUUUUGCUCCAAAGUAAUUUACAAUAAAACUGAAAAGACUCACUAUA